GCUCACCAUAGCCCGUGCUACUUGGACCUUUUGUUCUGAGUAGCUGAAUCUAAAACAACAACAGCUGAUAACAUCAGUGUUGUCAUGACAUCAUCUGCUCUGUAACUUGUCAACAGAUGAUAUAGUUUACCCUCUUUAUUACUUGUUUCGGUUUAUAUUGUAAUCAAACCAAUCCAGAUAUUACAUACAAUUAUUCCCGAUUUUGCCUAUCCCCAUUUUGAAUAUUAUUGAUGUGUAUAAAAGAUGAGAGAAGUAAUAGUAGAAGUUUGGUUGUGAGAAGUGUGGCGGAUGAGACAGACGACGUCACCGGAGGUGGACUGAUGCUGCUGAGAUAUGGAUAUUAAGGCAAGAGGAUGUUGUGCUAUAGUAAUCUAGUGUUGUGUUUUGUUAUUGUGAUUUAUUGUAGUGGGGUGAACAGUCUUGAUAGAAGAGAAAAUUCUCCUAUUAGUGAUGGUAAAGAAGCAGUAGAUGAUGCUUGCAAGAUAUUUUGCAAUUAUAAGCUUCUGCAUCAUGUGCAUUUGUCAAUGACUUUUAAUGAUAGCAAAUACUUUGUUGACAUGAAGCUCAAGAGGCCUCCUGAAGAAAUAGAAGAAAGAUUUAAAAUUUUAUUAAAUGAAACGAAAGAAAAUCCAACUAAAGAUGAAAUGAAGAAGUUUAUUAUUGGAAACUUUGAAAAUUCUGGCACUGAAUUUGAGAACUGGAUUCCAGGUGAUUGGAAAGAAAAGCCUAUGUUUAUAGAUAAUAUUUAUGAUCUUCCUUUGAGGAACUGGGCUCUUGAAGUCAACAAAAAAUGGAAGUUACUUGGAAAAAAACUGUCUAGAGAUGUGCAUUAUAACAAUAACUUGUAUUCACAAAUUUAUGUUCCAUAUCCCUUUAUUGUGCCAGGGGGACGUUUUGCUGAAUUAUAUUAUUGGGAUUCAUACUGGAUUAUUGAAGGUCUUCUCCUUUCUGAAAUGUAUGCCACAGCAGAAGGUAUGAUAAAAAAUUUCAUAUACCUUGUAAAUAAGUUUGGGUACAUUCCUAAUGGUAGUAGAAAAUAUUAUCUAGGAAGAUCUCAACCUCCAUUUUUGAUUUCUAUGGUAAAUUUGUAUUGGAAAUUUACCAAAGACAAAUAUUUUUUGAGUGAAUCCAUUGGUGCCAUGGAGAAAGAAUACAAUUUCUGGCAGAAUAACAGAUCAGUUAUUGUCACAAUAGAUGAUACACCUUAUAGACUGUUUCAAUAUAGAAUUAAUACAAUAAAUCCAAGACCUGAGUCAUUUCGUGAGGAUGAGGAACUUGUGAAAGGCAGGAAUGAAAAGGAAAGGGCAAGAAUCCUUUCUGGGAUCAAGUCAGCAGCCGAGAGUGGAUGGGAUUUUUCCACUAGGUGGUUUUUGGCAGAUGGGAAACAUUCCUCCAACAUGACAGAUAUCAGUACAUUGUAUAUAGCUCCAGUAUGCCUCAAUAGCUUAAUGGGCUUGAAUGCAAGACACUUGUCUGAUUUUUUUAAAAUAUUAGGAAAUGAAUCUAAACAUGACAUUUACAAUGCCUUGGCAGAUGAAACUAAUACAACUAUCAGCCGCAUCUUUUGGAGUGAUCAAGAUGGAGUGUGGUUAGACUACAAUGUAGUUAAAAAACAACACAUUCCGGGAUUUUAUCCCUCGAAUUUGAUGCCUCUGUGGACAGAAACCUAUGGUAAGGAGAGAACACCUGAAUAUAUUGUAGAAAAGAUUAUUGCUUAUCUUGAAAAGAAUACUAUUAGUAGUUAUCCAGGGGGUAUUCCAACAUCAUUGCAGAAAUCAGGACAGCAAUGGGAUUUACCAAAUGGAUGGGCUCCAUUGCAAUAUAUAGUUGUUCUUGGAUUAUACAAGGCGGGGAAAUAUAAUUCUCGUGCUGAAAAUCUUGCUUUUUUGUAUGCACAAGAAUGGGUGCUCAACGUGUACAAGACCUAUCAGAAUACCACUCCACAUCGUAUGUUUGAAAAGUAUAGUGUAACUGAAGUGGGUAAGAGUGGAGGAGGGGGUGAAUAUGAAAAUCAAGAGGGAUUUGGAUGGACAAAUGCUGUUGUUAUGACAUUCCUAAGCAUAUAUGGCCACAAGAUCAAAACACAAGAUGUUUUUGAUGCUGCACCACUUUCAGUUGGAUUCCUGCUUCUGGUAGUCUCUCUUGUGGCUGUUGCAAAUUAUGUGUAUCGAGUACAUACUUGCCGGAGAGUUCAGUGGGAAUCGGAGGCUUUACCAUGAAUAUACAGCAUAAUAUUGUUUAGUGUACCUGAUAAAGUAAACUCAUUCUUCCAGUAAGACAUUUUUACUUUUAAGCUUAUGAUACAAGACAUUCCAUUUACUGCAGGGCAAAAGUUGAAUUGUACAUAUUACAUUGCACAUUAUACUUAAUAGGGCUUUGCCUACAUUGCUACAGGUAAUUAAGAUUAGAUUUUAAUAUAAAUGUUUAUAUUGGUCUGUUUGAAAAAUUGCUGCACUAACUUUGAAACAAUGUCCACUUAUCUUAAAAUCCCUUGCUUAUACGUACCUCAAUAAUACAGCAACCCUAAAAAUCAGAACCCUUUUAGUUGCAAAAUAAUUCCUGAUUUUGUUGCAAAUACAGUACCAUAAACAAAUGUAUAUCAGUAUACAUAUUUGUUCACAAUUUUUACUUGUUUUUUGCAGUAAAUAUUAAAAUACACAUUUACUGUAUAGUAUGUACAGUACUGUAUACGGUAUUUUUACACACACAUUGUGUGUGUAAAAUAAUUAUGUAAUAUAAUAUUGGUAUUUAGCAACAAAUAACUAGAUACUGUAUAACUAAAAUCUUAAGAAUCCUGAAGGAAUUCAGUCCAAAUUACUGAACUGUCUUGAUUAUCAAGGUUCCAUAAUACAAUCCUUCAUUAUUACUAUUGAUGUAUUAUUAAAACAAAAUCUGUUUUAAAUUUAGUGUUUAUAUAAGAUGGCUUUGCCAUUCAUUGUGCAGUAAUGCCAUUCUUGUGAUUAAUAGUCGGAUGCAGUGGGGGUUGAGGUUAUUUAUAACUGUGAUAUAAGUACAGUACAGUACUAAUAUAGUCAAUGUAGAGGUUAGGUGUUUUAUCAGUUUUAUAGUUGUAAUAAGGAUUUGCUGUUCCAGAAAACACAUGUCAAGGUAUUACAUUACCUUGUAUAUAUUACUGUAUAUACAUACAGUAGAAUAAUAUUUACAUGUAAUACCUUGGCACAUGUUUUCUAGUAGACCAACCUUGGUAUAUUGGUGUACUAAUAAGUCGUGCUGAAUUUCUCUGGUUUUAGUAAGUCCUAGAUGGGUAAUGUAUGUUUAGUAGUUUAAAAUAUGAAAGCAAUUCAUAGGGAGUACCCAACUGCAACUGGGUUACUUCGUGAAAAGGCAUUCAUAAAGCAUUUGUUCGGAACAUAGAACAAGAUUUCCCACAGGCCUAAUGCUAUCAGGAGGCAGGGUAUACAUUCCUAAACCACCAAAAUCCAUUACAAAUUCAAUAUUUUUGGGACAUAGACGAUAAAAAAAUAAGAUAUUAUAUUUACCUUGAAUGAUGGAAUUGUCCUGCUUAUCAGCACUGGCUGUUUUUGAGAAGUGAAGAGAUCUAGUUGCUGGAGGUGGUGGUGGUAGGUAGUGAUGCUGCGGUGGUAGGUAGUGAUGCCACAGAGGUUGGCUGAUUGUCUUCAGUGUCACUUGCUGUAUUUCAUGUGGGAGAUGAUGCAUAGGUGGCAAAGAUGGAUUCAUCCUUUAGGAUGGUCUUGAAUCUCAAAAGUAAUGGGUCACCAUUUCUUUGGCACUGGUGCAUUACCAAUAAACUUCCUAGACCUUUCAGCCAUUGUUAAUGGUGUUUUCUUCAAUAAAUAGCUGGAAGUUCAAAGAAUGCACACCAUGUCUAGUUAUAGUCCUGGGUAUGAGAAUACUGCUGGCUGAGGUGGUGUGGGUCUCCUCAGAUACAAGUCGCUUAGUACUCAAGAUGGUUCGCCAGCGUAUUUUAAAACCUACCUAACCUUACCCAAUCUAACCUAAUCCUACCAAGCCUAACACAGCCUAAUCUAGGGUAAUAUAUCCUAUCCAAACAAUAUGUAUACAGUUUUGACAAUCAGAAAAAUGAGCUGUCAAAUAGCCUUGUGUAUGAUUUGACCAUAACCUGCCUCUAUUGUGGGCCAUGCAGGCAUCUUUGUACCAUCCUGUGCGGUCAUGUACUGCAGAGACGUUUUAGUAGCACCACUUGUAAUACUGAGUGGGUUCGCAUAGUGAAUUGAUGCAGAAUCAGGACUAAAGAAUCUGGAUGGAUGAGUGUUCAUAUAGUGAGCAUUUAUAUAACAGGGACUCCUUGUAUCUGUACUGUAAAUUAAAUUGCGAAUAACAAUUGUAAUUAUUGUAACUUAAUGUUUGUCUAUGCCGUCCAUUGCGUGCCUAUGGGAAAGUUUUAUAAUAAUAUUUCAUAAUAUCUAUUGCAUAUAUAUGUUAUUGUGUGUGAGCAAUAUAUAAUAUAUUUUCAAACUUAGUUUAAUGUUGUGUGUUAUGAAAAUUUUGAAUCACUGUGACUGUCCUGAAUUUAAUAUAUUUAAAAGCGACUUUGUUUCCCAAAAACUUGUCAGUAACCUGUGAUACAUCAGCAGGGCAGAAAUUUCAAAGAAGAAAAUAAAAGUGAAAAGGAUAUCUUAGUUCAUAAAAUUAAUAUUUUGUACUAUUUUAUUAGUGAUGAUUUGAUAUUUUAUAUUGUACAAGGAUCUCAUCUUCCCCAAUAUAUCCCUUCAUCUCUCAACUGUAGCUACAGUGUAAUGUUUGCAGUUUGGUGGGGAAACCUUUGCACAUAUUACAUUUUGUAGAUAAUGAUGCAGGUUCUUGCUAGUUAAUGGCAAACAUUAUCCCAUGCAGUGGAUAUUUGAAGUACAGUAUUGAUUUUAUUUAAGACUAGGAUUUAAUCUUGAUGAGCUUCUGUUAUUCAUUAUAUUAUUUUACUUAAAUUUAUAUAUAUUGUAUAUAGAGGAAUGUAUGGUUUUGCAUGUACAGCAAAUUCUUGCUCAAAUGGAAAGGUUUAUAUCACACCAAAAUUCAGUUGCAUCUAAAGUUUGCUAUUUUUUUAUUAUUUUAUGCAAAUCAUCAUUGAUUUUUAUUAGUGUAUACUUCAGAACACACCUUUGUAAUCACUUUGAUGCCAAAAUUAUUAAAAAAAAACGUUUUUGGUUUUGUUUAAAAAAUAUUGCCACUGAAUUGCAAUGCAGUAAAUACAUAGGCUCCUCCAGUAGUCUUCCACUAUUUUCUGUUGUAACUGAUUAUGCGGUAAUGAAGCUUUCUGGUAGACUAUAUUCUAUAUAAAUGGAAGGCCCUUGUAGUACUGUAGUUAAUAGUGGUCUCAGAGUGUGAUUAACCCUUAAACAUUGAUUAUCAUGUACAAGUGCUGUACACUGAUCAUAUAGUAAUUAAAGAAAACACCUGGUUAAGUAUGGAUAUCAGGUACCAUCAUUAUAAUUUUAAAUUCAGACAUAUAAUGUUUUUAAUCUCUUCCAUUCCCCAGUUCUGACAAUGGAGGUUAGACCUGGGUAAUGGAAUAAUGGCUGAACAUUUAACAGUCCACCAGCUUCUUGUUCCCAUCAAGGCCACUGAAGAUAGUGGCACUUGAGUGAAUUCAGAAAUAAACUUCCACCCAAUAUUUUCCUUGUCUUCCUUCAAAAGUGCGUGUAUACAGAGUACCUUUUAGGGAUUAGUUGAUAUUAUUUAAACAUUUAGUUGGCCUUUUGCUAUUGUAUUGAGAAAUGUUACAAUAAUUGAUUAAUACAUAGGUGUCUUGUGAAUGUGGUUGAGUUAGGUAUAAGUGAAGUUACAGAAUGAGAGCUAUGCUUGUGGUGUCUAGUCUUCUCAAUACUCUGUCAUAUGAUGCUUUGAACUACUGGUGAUUUUGGUAUCCACUUUGAACUACUAGUGGUUUUUGGCAUCCACAUCCACUUGUUUCAACUCUCUUAUCUGUCUGCAAAAGAGAACUUUCUUAUAUUUUUUGGUGCCUUUAUUUCCUGAGCUUAAAUCUGUGACCUCUUGUUCUUGAAGUUGCAGGUUUAAAAAAAUAAUCAUUGUCUAUUAUAAUUUAUUAUAUACAUGGAUUUUUUUUAUAUACUGAACAGGGAUAUACAAUUUUAUAGUGGAGAGCUUUUUCAGUUUGAUCCUACAUUCCAUAGACCUAUAAUUAUUUGAUAUCAGCUGGUAUAAUGUUAAAUUAUACAGUGUAUUGAAUAUUAAAUGUAUUAUUGUGGUCUUUCCAACAAACAUUUAUAUGUGUGUGGUUUGGUAAGUUUUAAAAAUAAUUUAGUUUCUGGAUUACUACUGUAUAAUGGCAAGGGUAAUACUGUAUUUCUAUAUUUUUAAUAUUUAUGCAUUAGUAUAAAUUCUUUUAAGUUUUAUAACUUAUGACCAUGAAAAUAAAAGAAACUGUGCUCACCUAGUUGUGCUUGUAGGGGUUGAGCUUUAGCUCUGUGGUCCUGUCCCUCAACCGUCAGUCUACUGGUGUACAGGAUCCUGAACUUAUUGAGCUCUAUCUAAUUUGAAACUGUGUAUGGAGUCAGCCUCCACUACAUCACUUGCUAAUGCAUUCCAUUUAUUAACUACUCAUAGUAUUGUGUUUAUUUGUGUUGUUUAGUGUGGUUAUAAUUUGCUUAAUUAAGGUAUAGUAGAUUUUUCUGAUUUUAUUGUCCAUGUUAUUAAAAAAAUACUUUUAUUUGUAUUCAAAUAUAAUUACAUUCAUCCUUACUGAUUUUACCCUUUUCUUCAUACAUGAAAAUAUUUGGAUAAUUGAUAGCCCUCUGUAUAACUUUGUUUUUUCAUUACAAGUAAGUUUCUAAUGCAAUGAUAAUUAGGUUCAUGUAUUUAUGCUUUUUACAAAUUAGGUAAUCAAUAUUACAAAAGAGGGUUCCUUAAUAUAGCUUAUGUUAAUGAAAAUGCUGAACAUAUACUUUUGUGGCUCAUAGUUUAGAGAGAGUUUUAUUUACUUGUUAAAAUUUAUUUUCUGUAAUUUGCAUAAUAUCAAAGAUUUUAGUUUCA